CAAUGCUUGUGACAUGGUUUUGAGCGCCCAGGCCAAGCCGUUGAGUAGCCUGGUUGUGCUGUACAUACUGUAUAUAGAGGGUGCCAGGGAGCUGUAUAUAAGAGCUAUAACACACGCACAUCAGUUCCGUGUGACCAUCCCAUCUGUGAAGCAUCUCGGCCAUCGGACGCUUCGAGAACUGCAGCCUGCACAUAUAGUUUGACGAUUCCGCCGAAAGGAAAGGAGGAAUGAAGGGCUCGAACUCCGACUCGAAAUCCGGCGCCCCAUCAUGGGACAACGCUCAACCUGCUCACAGCAGCAGCGAGAGUUCCCGCUCGUACGCGGCACCUCCAGGUCUCCUCCCCGGCGUGAAAGCCAAGAAGUCGGGCUCAUCCUCGUCCUUCAGCAUGGCCUCCCUUGCCCCCUCUCUCACGAAACUGGGCGUGCCUAAAUGCUUGGUCGACACUCUCCCACCUCCCCGAGAUCCUCUCCACCCACCCCCGCCCUCCUUCUCGCGGCCCGCUCCAAUCCACCUCCUGAACUCGCCGUACGCCGCAGGCCGCGUGGUCCCCGGGACUCCGCCGAGAUUCCCGCCCUUCCAGGUGGUUUCCCUCACCCACCAGCUCCGCGACGGCUUCCCGACCGCAUUACCUGCCCAAUUGACCGGCUACGACGUCUACCCCCGCGACGACUGGGCCCGCUUCCUGGAGGAUCUGGCGCUGUGCGGCAAGAUGGGAGGCAGCCAGCGCGCGACAAAUUUCCUUGAGAAGAAUCUGGUGCUUCCUGGGAUGAAGGCUUUGCGCACUAGUGCGGAUGAGCAGGCCGCUGCGCAUAUGAAGACGGUGGUUGAUGCGUGGAAUACCAACUUCUUUGGGCCGCGUGGGUUGCGAAUCACUGUUUUGAACGAGCCUGGUCAGCAAUCCACCAGGGGUAUAGAGGCAGGUCAGCCCGGCGAGGAUGUGAAGAGGACUCCCACGAGUGACUACUUGGUCCGUUCUUCUCGGCGACGCUCCGUAUCCUCGGUCUCAUCAUUAUCGUCCUUGUCCUCCUUAUCCUCGGACUCUGACGACAAGCGUAGCGAGCGGAAGCGCGCCGAACGAUGUGCAAAGCAGCAAGUUAGAAUCGCAAAAAAAGCCACGAUGCAACAAGAGCGAAUUGCGGAGAAGAUGGCUCGUCAGGCCGAGAGGGAAGCUGCCAAACGUCAGCGCUCCCUAUCGGCUCUUUUCCAGGUGCCGGGGACUCCCGCUUAUGGCGACAGGCUUGUUUGUCUGCAGGUUGCUUGCGUCGAGGCGCCUGGUGUGCAGGGUACUGCCCCUGCGGCUGAUGGUCAGAAGGGGCCGUACUACCCUCAGGCUUCGGAAGCGUACAAUCCGACUGGUCAGAUGCCUUACGCCCCGCACGCUUUCGGUGGACCUGAUCGGAAGAUGCCUUACUACCCGCAAUCAUCUAGUGGGCAGGGUCAAUACGCUGCUCAGAAUAUGCCUUAUUACCCGCAGCCGUCUGGUGGGCAUGAGCAGAUGAUUUCCUAUGCCUCGCCGACGUUCGGUGGGCAUGGUCAACAGAUCCCACCCCAGCCUCAGGCUGUUCAUAGCUACAGCCAGUACGUGAACCAAGGCCCUUCGGCGGCUGGACCGUCCUACACGUACGCCAACGGGCGGUACAAUCAGCAGAUUCAGCUUCCUCAGACCGAAAAGCCGCUACCGCCUUUGAAUCAUGGGGAAAGCUCCUCGCACAAGGGCGACGCAUACCAGGCCACAACCUAUCAAGAAGGCGGCAGCAGCAGUUCAAGCCAUGUACCACCCGUUGGACAGUUUCCGGGACCCGCAACGCAGGUCUAUAAUAUGCAUCAGGGUGCAUCUUAUCAGCAGCCGGGGGCUCAAGAACAUGUAGACGAGGUAGAAGAUGCGCCGCCUCCUUACACGCUCUAAGCGAAGGAAGGCCCGGCUCCUUCACCGAAUGGUGAGGGAAAGUAAA